UGAGUGUCAUUUGCUCUGAAGAGCUCUCAGCAUGAAGAAACAAUCGGCCAAUCUUCGAGUGAGAUUACCUGUAUUUGUGUUCAUCACAGAGGUGAUUAUUGUUGUAUUAUAUGCAGCAUUUGUUACCUAUGAUGAAGAGGCUGAUGCCAAAUUCCAAACUAAUCAGACCAACUCCAUGCACAAUGCAGUGUACAGGGACUACCCUUUCUUUGCAGACAUACACUUCAUGAUAUUCGUGGGUUUUGGGUGCCUGCUGGCAUUUUUCCGGCUCUACGGUUUUGGGGGGAUGGUUUUCAACUUCCUCAUAGCUACGUUUGCCAUCCAGUGGGCCAUUCUGGUGCAGGGCUACUUCCAGUUCAGCCACGACGGUAAGAUCCACCUGGGAGUGAUCAACCUCAUAAAUGCAGAGUUUGCCUGUGCCGUAGUCCUGAUAUCUUACGGGGCAGUGCUGGGGAAGACCAGUCCGUUGCAGAUGCUGGCCAUGGCUCUGCUGGAGGUUCCUGUGUUUGCCGUCACAGAAUGGGCUGUGCUUAAGUAUCUGAAGAUCAAUGAUGCAGGAGGCUCUAUUCUCAUCCAUCUCUUUGCCUGCUAUUUUGGUUUGGGUGUCACUUUUGUGAUGUACAGGCCUUCACUAAAUGAAGGCCAUGCAAAGGAGAACACUAGUUACCACUCUGACAUCCUGUGUCUAAUGGGAACCUUGUUCCUCUGGGUGUUCUGGCCCUCCUUCAAUUCAGCUUUAGUCCUGAAAGGAGAUGAUCAGCACAGGGCUAUCCUCCACACCUUCAUCGGACUAAGUGCCUCCACACUUACAGCUUUUGCUCUUUCUGCCAUGCUGAAUAAAAAUGGCAAGCUUACCAUGGCUGAUAUUCAGAAUGUUACCCUGGCUGGAGGUGUGACAGUUGGGGCAUCUGUGGAUAUGAUGAUAUCGCCUGCAGCUGCAUACAGUCUGGGUAUGAUAGGUGGUGCUGCAUGCAUGCUGGGCUACAAGUACUUGAGCCCCAUCUUGGCACAACGCUUCAGGAUCCAAGAUCAGUGCGGGAUACAUAACUUGCACGGUCUAACUGGACUUAUAUCCUGCAUUGCAGGAAUAUGUGCCAUACUGGCCGCUAAUGAGGACAUUUACGGCCCCAGUUUCUAUGAGAUCUUCACCCACAGAGCACCAGUGGAAGGGGACCCCAAGCUGCAAGAGCUCCAGAUGAUGAUCCCUGGUUUAAAGGCAGGUUUGGGGAGGACUGCCAAGGAACAGGCUCUCUUCCAGGUCGCAGCUAUAUUCUCCACCAUAGGACUGUCAGCACUGGGAGGUAUACUCACAGGGUUCGUCUUGAGGCUGUCGUGCUUUGCAUCACCUUCUGAUGAUUUCUGUUUCGAUGAUGAGCUGUUUUUUGAAGUUCCUCCAAACUAUGAUUCACCACUCACACUUAAACACAGCAAUACAAUUAGUGUUGAAGAUUCUACUGUGUGAUGAUCAGCAGCCAAAGCCUGCCAGUGCAUUUAACUGGCAUGACGCAGAAAACAAGUAUAAGUGAGCCCAUAUUAUUCUUUGAAAGUAAAGAAAUUACUGCAUUAAUGACAGUCUGUGUUACAGUAAUAAUUACUUUUCUUUGUUUCUUUUCAUUUCAUUGUAAAUAGGUUUCACCAGUGAUCACAGUCAUGAUUGUGUCCAACACUGCCUAAUAAAAAUAAUAAGGGUGUUAUUAAUUUCCCUGCAUGCAAACAUUA